ACAACGUCUGUGUCAUUAGUUGAGAUAAUCCCUCCUUGAGUCCUUCACCUUCCUGUAGUUCAAGUCCGCACGUGGAAAAUUAUUUUUAUGUUUUGCUGGAAACACUCAAACAAGGGAAAUAAUGUUUUAAAUAAAAAUAAAACGCAUGACGAUUAGAGCUGAGAGUUAAAGAGAGAAAACAUUAAAAUGACCAAGUGGAGUUGCCACAACACAAAAGAAAAGAUAGAAAAAUUUAACGAUGUACUCUUCAGAUUGAUGAAGAAAAGCAAAGAACUUUGUCAAAAUGAAAAGUUACAACUGUACGUUACGAUGAAGCAAACAGUUAACUUCACUGCCAAUGGUUUCUUCACACUAGGAUAUCCACUUGUGACUUCGGUUAGUGUUGAAAGUAACAAACGUUUCUCCAUUUUAUUUACGCAUAAGGAUUUAUUUUUAAUAUUACUCUUGAUAACAUUGUUGCUUAUCGUUCUCAUAAUUCAUAACGAUAUUGAAUCAAACCAGGAUAAAAUGUUAAAUUUACAGAAAUAAAUGUUUUGACAGAUUGUUGCUGCAGCAACUACAUAUUUGGUAAUCCUCCUACAGUUUUCUUAAAUGCUGAGGGAAUGUUGUCAGUCAUCAGCACAGCACUGCUUAGACAAUCAUAAACUUUUUCUAUCUUAAAUUUAAUUGGGUGUGUUUUCAUGAUUCAUUAUUAUUUUAUGUUUAAAACAAUUUUCAUUAGAGGAACUAUUUUAAACUAUCACAUAUAUUUCACAUAAAAUAUUUGCACAUACUUGAUAAUACUGAAAUUAAGUUAAAACUUAGCAAAAAUUUAUCUUACACUACACUACUCAAUUAUUAAGUAAGUUAA